CUUCGAUCUUGGGUUGCAGUGCAAAUGGCACUCGCCUUGGUUUGAGCCGGAUUGGGGCCACCCCAGGGUCCAACUCGAAGUCAACUGGGGGCCCUUUAUAACAACCCAGUUUUCCAUUAAAGAGACCAGCAAAUUCUUUGCAUAAUGCCUCGCUCAUCUCAGGGCAGGUUUGGAUUGAAUUAAGCCCUGAUAUACUCAGUCCCAGGGCGGAGAACCAGUCAGUGCCCAGGAGACUGGGGCGACUGCCCUUCGCAAUCACCAGUUUGAGUACAGCCUGUUUGUCCCGGAACUGUACUCUCACGGCACACAUUCCCAUGACAUGGAUGCGGCCCGCUGAGUAUGACUGCAAGGUUGCCGGGAAGGGUUCCAGAGGGGGCAACUUACCCCUGGGGAAGAAUGUCCUCGCGGUCUGGUCUGACACGAUAGUGAAUCCAGAUCCGGAGUCCACCUCCAUGUCGCACUGCUGACCCUCAAUCUUCACCUUGACAUGUGCCUUGCCUUGUGCUGGGAACUGCACGACCCUCCCGUUGAUCUCCGUAACGUAGUGGCAGUCCUUUAGAAAAUGGGUUGCUGCGGGCGGUCUGCGAUGCUCCGGUCUAGGUGCUCCUGUCGCUCCCAACGCCGCCGAUCUACAGACUCUGGCGAUGUGACCUGUCUUCCCGCACGUCCGGCACAUAGCAUUCCGGAAACGACAACUCUUCCGCUCAUGGUUUCCGCCACAACCUGGGCACCUGCCUCGGUGAUCUUUGUGCACUGUGCAGGCCUGACUCACUGACUCGACCCCACGGACUGGGCUCUGGCUCGGAGUAGCCUCUAGCUCGUCCAUGGCAUGCGCAACUUCUAUCUGUGGCUUAGGGGCCUUGCGACUGGCAUCAAGCUCCUCUCUUUCAUAAUUCUCCGUGGCGGUGGCCUCCUUCAAGGCUGAAGCAAGGGUAACCUCUUCUUUAGCCACGAUGCGUCUUCUGGCCUUCUUGCUGCUCAGACCACCGAUAAACUGAUCCAGGAGAGUCUCUUCCAGAUUUUGGAAGUCGCAGUGCUGAGCGAGCUUCCGCAGUUCAGCCAGAAAUGCAGAUACAGACUCCCCAGCAUGCUGCUGCCUCUUAUGAAACUCCAUCCGCCGAGCCAUCUUGGUCUCAGUAGGCGCCAAGUGGCUUGUUAGGCAGGCAAGAAUAUCUUUGAGAGAUGUCUCACUUAGCUUCGCUGGAGCAAGCAAUGCCUUGGCCAGCUUGAAGGUCUCAGGCCCACAGUAGCUCAGGAAUGUGGCCCUUCUUUUGCUGGCAUCGGUGAUCCCUUGAGCCUCUGCGAAGAACUCGAAGCGUUCGACGUAGUCUUCCCACGUGUCGGGCUCUGAUGGCUGGAAGGGCUCCAAUACCCUUGGACUCUCCAUUGUCCAGUGGCAGGGUCGUCUUCUCAGCUGGUCAGUGAGUCUUGUUCUUAGCUGCAAUCCGGACUCUGAGGCAGGGCUGCAUUUAACCGCUCCUCAGCAUUCCGGAUCCCAUCCUUGUCGCCAGUUGUUGUGACGUGGGGUUUGUGAUUUCAGCUCUCCUGAUAUAACAUGCUGGAGACAGUUCUCUAGUAACACUUCUUUAUUAAAGCAACAAGACUCCAGACUGGGGAGAGGAAAGCUACAUUUAUAGGGACAGGGAACUAGCAAGAAAGGAUACAUUUUGGAGGGAACAAUAUCAGGCAAUCACAGUCCUGCCUUUUGGAGGGAACCAAUAAGACAGAGGAUCCAAAUACAGCAGCUUAAAUGAACCAAUAGUAGCUGUACCCUCUGGAACCAAAAGGCAGUUACUUUACCCUAAUGCAAAUACAGACAAUAAUAAUACAGAUAUAAAAUCCUUUGACUCAAUACACAACACUUCAGGCGUCUAGACUCCAGCUCCCAUCAACCCCAGCCAGCAUAAGCAAGAGUCAGGGAUGAUGGGAGCUGGAGUCCAAGACCAUCUGGAAGCCGGCAGGUUUUCUGCCCCUAAUCUCUGGUGUGCUCCUCCCGUAAAAACUCAUCUGACACCUGUUUUUGUGGGGUGGUGGUAUUGGUGCCAGAUAACCCCCUUUUUAUUUCCUCAGGUCAUUUCAAACGUUAACUGAAUUUGGUUUGAUUCUGUGUUUUUAAUUGUUGCUUUACAACUUUCAGAUGCUGCUGUUGUAUUUUCUUUACUUCUUUCUUUUAUUUUAUUGUAAGAAAAGGCUGCAUUCUUUUUAUUCUAAGAAGCCAUGGGCGUAGGACAUCAUACACUUUUGUGGAAACUCUUAAUAUCUCAAGUAUUCCCAAUUUUGCUUUUAAAAAUAUUUUUGGCAGUUAAUUACAUGGAUUACUUGUCCACCUUGAAUCUCUCAAGUAGAAAGAAUGUUGAGAACACCCUUAAUACUUUUAGUUGGGGUCAUUUAUCUCAUUGACCAUUUCACAUUGUCCCUUCAGGUUUCUAGCCUAUGGAAAGAAGGGUGAGCAAGAGACCCUUUGACCCUCUUGCUUGCUUGACCAAUGUUGCGGAUUAGUUUAUGAUUUUUUUGUACUCCGUUGUACAUGUUGUUAUAAAAUGCUGUUCACUAUUUCAGGGGCCUUUGGGGUUCCAACGUGGUAUGUAAAUAAAAUGCAAUAAUAAUUAGUAAUAAAUCUGCCCUUGAAUAAGAUAGCUGAUAUAGAAAGAGGUUUUAGAAAAGGGGUGUGUGUGUGAUAAAUUGGGGUGCCUUCUAACACACUUAAAAGUUAAUUAUUUUCAAUAUAAAUAUAAAUACUGCUGAUGGCAGGCGCUGUCUGAAGAGUUUUCUCUUCACGCUUGCACUGGAAGGAACUGCCGCUUCUAAGAUGUUGCCUGCUGCCACACAAAUAUAAAGCUCUUUUAAAAAACAAAACAAAACAAGUUUUUUCCUCUUCAAAACUAUCAUAUAAAGCUAGCCCCCCUAACUUUUAAGAUCUUUGUAGGCCCUGCUCUCGGUGUCCCUGUCAAAGAAAGCAAGGGAGCUAAUCACCAGGGGAAAAGGUCUUUUUGGUAGUGGCACCCCAGCUACAAAACGGCUUCCCUGCCACUAUUCUUGUUGUCUUUUCUGUGCCAGGUGAAGAUCUUUAAAUAACUUAUACAGUCUGGGCCUGUUUUAUUUUGGGGGGGGGGGGUUUGAGUAGUUGUUGUCUUUUGCUACAUGCAUGUAGCUUUUGAUUUUAUAGGGUGGGGGGAAUUGUAUUUAAUUUUUUAAAAAUAAAUUCUUUAUUUUAAGGUGCCCAAAGAACUUUGUUACUGAAUGGUAUACAACUAUGGCAGAUAAUGAGUCAUAUGAAAAUAUAUGUAAAUUUAAUUAAUAUUUAUUUGAUUAAAUGGCAAGAGAUUUCUGUGAUCUGCUGUCAAGCCUACUUGAAAAAGCUAUAAAAAUGUGAAAUAUCAUUAUCAUUUGGGCUGUCAUCCAAAAUGUUGGUUGAUUGCUCAAUUAAUUAAGCCUGCAUUAACAUGCAUAUUAGAAAAUUCGUGAUCACAUUAUUCUGGGGCUCUGUCAUCUGCACUGGUUUCCAGUCCAAUUUUGGGUCCCAUUCACAUUGCUGGUUUUAACCAUUAAAGCCAUAAGCCAAGGUGGAGAACCUUCUCAGCUGAGGUCACAUUCCCUCAUGGACAGCCUUCCGGGGUUACCUGUUCCUCUGUUGGUGCAGUGCCCUCAGGCCCUCUCCAGAACAGGUGACCCACUGAAUUCCUGGGCUUGGGGGUCAUCAGCCCACAGCAUCUUGUCAGGAUUUACCUCCCGUUUGUUUCUCAUUGUGUGGCCCAUCACUGCCUUCAGAGAUUAAGUAGCCUCACCUGAUCCCAAUGAAAAGAAGAAACAGCUGGGGAGACCCCUCCUGGGACAACUGCCAAGGAGUUGAGUAGAAGUCAUCUCUAGGUUGGGGCUGAACCACCUGAACUCUCAACCCAUACAGCGGUUGAGGAAGAUACAGUGGUACCUCGGGUUAAGUACAUAAUUCGUUCCGGAGGUCCGUUCUUAACCUGAAACUGUUCUUAACCUGAAGCACCACUUUAGCUAAUGGGGCCUCCUGCUGCUGCCGUGCCACAGGAGCACGAUUUCUGUUCUCAUCCUGAAGCAAAGUUCUUAACCUGAAGCACCAUUUCUGAGUUAGCAGAGUCUGUAACCUGAAGCGUAUGUAACCUGAGGUACCACUGUAGAUGCUCAAUGGUAUGAAACCCCACUGAGAGAGCAAGGAGAAGACUCUCCCUGUCUUCCCACUGCAAGUCAUCUAUCAGGGUUACCAAAACUCUUUCAUCAACAAACCCAUGUUUGAAGCUAGGCUGAAACGAGUCAAGGACAACCAGCUUCUGCCAAGCCGAAUACAGUGGUACCUCGGGUUACAGACGCUUCAGGUUACAGAUGCUUCAGGUUACAGACUCCGCUAACCCGGAAAUAGUACCUCUGGCUAAGAACUUUGCUUCAGGAUGAGAACAGAAAUCGUGCAGUGGCGGUGCAGCAGCAGCAGGAGGCCCCAUUAGCUAAAGUGGUGCUUCAGGUUAAGAACAGUUUCAGGUUAAGAACGGACCUCCGGAACAAAUUAAGUACGUAACCAGAGAUACCACUGUAGAAGCUACCUGCCCCCACCCUCUCAAGGACCUUGCUACAAACAAGAUGUUAAAUAUUUAAGACUCGGUGAUGUUUUGUGUUAAUUAUAUAAAUUAAUUUCCAUAUUAAUUUCUGGUAUUGAUUGAUAAAUUUGCAAAUAGAUGACCAAUCAGGUGAUAAAAUAAAACUAUGAGAAAAUAAAACUAUUAGAACAAAACAGAUAGGUUCUGAAAGUGAAUAAAAUAUAAAAAGCAAAGGAUUUGGUACCACCCACACAAGUAGCACGACAUUUUUAUUUAUAGCCUACUGUGUUUAUUACUUAUCUUUAAAGCCUUUCCUGGAUCCUAAACUAUGGUUGCAUGUAUUUAUUUUAAAUUGUUGCAAAUAUUGAGCUUUUUUUUGUAUUGGUGGGGAGAUUAAACAACCAAGCAGUAUGUAAACGUUUUUCAACCGUUCCAUGCCCACCCUUUAAUUUCUCUUCCUACGCUCCCUAAUUUUUUGAAACAUCCCUCCAAGAAUGGCUGCAUCUAAAAACUUCUUUCCAAUUUUUUUGUUUUCCAAACUCUGAAAACUUAUUUUAAGGGGGUAAAAAAAUUGAUGGUGAUAAUAAAGCUUGCACCUCUCUAGGCAGGAGAUGGAAUUAAUUCCUUCCAAUAAUAAAGGAGGGAGGGAAAUCUUGCACGUUUUGUGCACGGGAUUCCAGAACUCCCUGGGCUGAGGUUCAACUUUUCCCUCCUCCUCCUCCUCUCCCCUCUUUUCGCCCCCCGCCCCUCUUUUCCUCCUCCUCCUCCUCCCGAUGCAUGGAUGCGAUCCUGCGCUGCCCAAGAGCGAGCGGCAAUCUGUGUACAUAUAGAUGUCUCCCUCUCUCUCUCUCUCCAUAUGUGACGCGGCCAUAUUUGCGGCGUGCGCUCGUCUCUGGCAGUAAACAAGCCCCAAAGUCUCGGGCAAGACAGACGGAGCGGCGGACAGGCAGACGGAGCCCGAGGGAGCCGCGCCGUGGAAUUUCAGGACAUUUCGCCGCCUCCUCCCGCCGAUGUCGCUGCUGCUGCUCGGCAUGUCUUACAAGCCAAACUUGACCGCGCACAUCGCGGCGGCGGCGGCGCCCAUCAGCCAAGGUAAGGCGCCAACUCCGCCGGUCCCUCUCCGGGGGCUUCUCGGCGCGGCUGCUUAAGCGCACGGAGGAUCGCUAUCCGGCACCGGCUCGCCUUUUGCAAGGGGGGGGGGGAGCCCCGCUGGCCCGGAGGCGAAGCAAGCGCCGCGCCGCGCUGCGCCCUGGCUACCUGGGCGAGCCCCGCCGCCCAGAGACGGGCUCUCGCCUCGCUCCCGCUUCCCCCCCGCUCAGGUCAGAUCCGCCGAGCUGAUUCAUCUCCGCCAUUAUGCACUUUUGGGGGGCGCCGGCGGGGGGGGGGCGGCAUCGGAGCGGGUGCAAAGUUUGGCUGGGCGGCCAAGCCUCCUCCUCCCGGGCAGCCCGGCCAGGCUGCGCCCCGGGAAGCCGGCGGCGGCAGCGCCUGGGGGGCCCGGGGGCUGGGCGGGGGGGGGGAGGGGAUCAAGGAGCGGCGGGUGGAGGAUCGGUCCUGACGCCUCCUCCCCCCCCUUCCCCUCCAUGAUCGCCUCCCUAGAGCGGCUGAUUGAUUCGGAUCAAGGCAGGAAGCGAGGCGCGCUGCACGCCUGGGCGAGGGCCGCUGCUGGUGGCGGGGCGCAAGUGCGCGAGGAGCCGGGCGAGGAGAGGCGCGGGGUUCGGGGAGCCCACCACGUGCAGGCGCCCCGCAAAUGAUACGGGUUUUAUUUAUUGAUUGCUUAUAUAUAUAUCCCACCUUUUCCUCCAAGGAGCUCAGGGUUCACUGCCAACUCUCCGCGUUUAACUUCCACAACAACCCUGGGAGGUAGGCUCCCCAAGGGUCGCAUCCAGUGAGCUUCUUCGUGGCUGAGUGGGGUGGAGGGGAUUCGCACCGGGGCCUCUCCCGGGUCCCAGUCGACACUCUCACCACUACACCGCACUGCCUCUGAUCUCAUGCACCUUCCUGAAGAUGAGAACCUUUGGAAGCGGCCUUAUUGCGAAUCACUAUGUCUUCUGAGCGGCAGUGACUGCAGGCUGUUGGGUAGGGAAUAAUUUUCUCCCCGUCAGCUGGUACCUGAGAGCCUCUUACCUGAAGGUGCGCAGAUGCGACCUGCACGCAAAACGUUUGCUGUGACCCAGGGUUCCCCCAGCUGCUUCAUUCAGCAAGCUUCAUUCAGUGUGUCCAUGGAUUUGUGAUUUAAGAGCAUAUUAUUAUUAUUAUUAUUAUUAUAUAUUGCAUUUCGUUGUGUUACAAUUUGAAUUGCUAGGACAGGCCAGAAAAGCAUUAAGUAGUUCACCAAGACUGUCAGCAGUUUUCAAGUGGUCCUUUAGCAGAAAAGUUUGGGAACUGGUGCUCUGAGACACCUUGAGAGUGGCAUGCUGCAGGGCAGGCUCACUGCUUGUUGAGUGUGCCAUUCAAGAGACGUGAGCAUCUCUGACUGAUGGGCAUUGCCCCAGGUGAAACUUCAUUGUCACCAAUAUCUACUUCAGCGCCCAUUCUCACAUCCAGCUGCCUCUUGUGACCAAGUGAUGUUCAUGGAUGUGUAAACUGCCCCUUAAACAAGCCUUUACUGUUUAGAAAAGUUGGGUGUUUUGACCUUAAUCUUCUUAUCAGUUAAACCUGUCAUUUGUGUGAAGAGAGAGCCUGGGUUAUUUUCAGUGUUAGUCAUACUCCUAGUAGUCCCACUGAAAGGAAUAAACAUUACAAAGGUCCAUUAAUUUCACUGGGUCCGCUUUUGAGUAGAACUUCAUUGGAGAAAACCCUGUGUUUCACUUUCACUUUUGUUUCUGCUGUUUUCCUUUAUUUUGCCUUUCUCUUCCACAUCUUCCCCUUCCACCAAAAAAAAAAAAAGUUUCCUUCAGUUUAAAUUUGCCUCUUGCAAACUGCAGAAAACUCUCUGUGUUUUACAAUACUUCUAUCCAGUGCUAUUUUUCUGGAAAAAGAGGUGCUGGAACUCACCUCAUUCUCUUAGAAUAGUAAUGGCGACCAUCUGAGAGGUGCUGGAAGUUCCGGCUGAAAAAAGGCCCUGCUUAUAUAUCACGUGAAUAAAACACACAGAACAUGCUCAGAGGCACCCUGAUAUUUGUUUUUAAACUAUACAGGAUGUCUUUUACACAUGGCUCUGGUUGAUUGAUCUUGAGUUUCCAGCAAAAGACAAAGUAAAUUCAGCAGGCCUAAAAUUUCCCGACUCCUGGUUUAGCAUACUUAGUCCGGAAAGACUCUCACAGCAGCUUUCCCAAAGACCCUCACACUAAAAAAUGCAUUUGAGGCUGCUAUUGGGAACAGAAAUAGUGUGGUGUCUCUAUGGUGUACUCAUACGGGAUUUCCUUGAUUGCCCUCCAGCCUCUGUCUACAGAGCCCACUGAAGUCCUUUGAGGCAAGGGGGGGGGGGAGCUGAGCUUUGGAAGCUGCUUCAUCAGGGCAAAUGGGUCACUGCCCCACCAGCCUUGUCUCUCCCUGCAGUUAGAAUCAUAGAAUUGUAUAGUUGGCAGGGUCCACUGCCGGUCAGCUUCCUCACAGGGGAAGAAGGUGGGCAGAAACCUAGAACGAGCUGGCUCUGCCCCUCCUUGGCUUCACCCUCCUGUCGGUUCCCCCCCUUCUGCGCUGCUGGUCCCAGGGGGGUCUGGCCAUCACUGCAGCUGGAAGCUCUUCAGGCCCAGAGAGAGGCAAGCCUGCCUUUGCUGGGAAUUGCCAGGCAACCGCUCCCACUGAGUCCUCUGAGGCAAGUGUAAUUAUUUCUGUGGUCAUCCAGACUUUAAAGAGAAAUUGCUCCAACCAUAAGCAAAGGGGUGGGGGAAGUGUAUGCAAAGUUGCUCCGGGGGACUUCUUGAUGGACAAUUUCCAUUUGCCUCCAUUUCUUGUAAUUGGAGAGGCUGAGGAUUGGACCUGGGGCUUUCUGUACGGAAAGCCUGUUCUCUGCCCCAGAGCCUGGGUCCCCUGGCCUGGCCUGGCUGUACUUUCCGCCAUGCACAGCUCAGCCCUCUGCAUGUGGACUCAGAAGUCAGUUCCGCUGUGUAGGCAAAAGCAGGCAAGUUCAGCAGAGUUACUACUAUAACCAGAUCCCUGUCAGAUGCAGAUUUUUGUGACUGAAAGAGGACCCUGAGAAGGAAUAUCUGCCCCAAAUUGCCAUUUGGGAUUUCCUCUGUAACGUCUCACCAAGGCUAAAUUGGUCUGGCGUUCUGGUGUUCCUACAACUCUGAGGCAAAUUAGGAUUGGAGAGAGUGGUGGGCCUGUGACACACAGUGAGCUUUAUGGCUGAGUUGGCAUCUGAGUCACAUUCCCCUUAAGUCUGAGUCCACUAUUCCAUCUCUCUUUCCAAAGCAAGCAGAAUCACUUUUUGACGCAUGUCCUUGAAGGCACGUGUGGAGAACCUUUGUCCCUCCCGGUGUUGCUACAGCUCCCACCAUCCCUGGCCAUUGGCCAUGCUUGCUGGGGCUGAUGGGACUUGUAGUUCAUCAGCGACUGGAGGGCCAAACAUUCCCCACACCUGCUGUGAGGCAGUGGGUCAGGACUUGCCAAUAGGCCAUGGGCCACUUUCAGGUGGGCCUCAAUGCCACAACCUGCCCACUUGCCCACCUUGUCGCUGCGGCCCACAGCUUUUUGGCUGGAGCAGUGCCAGCACCAGCAACUCCAUCCAUGCUGAGGAAAGGUGGUCAAGAGGGGGAGACUGAGGGAAAAGGGCCAGAGGAGGCGUUGAAGGAAAUUAGAAAGUGAGAGAAAAGAGAAAACACUAGUAUUUCAUCAUCAUCAUCAUCAUCAUCAUCCAACUUGGCUGUUAUCUACCCACCCUUGGCCUGAAGGUCCCAGGGUGGGUCUCAGCAAUUUAAGAUACAACAUCAAAAACCAUUUAGAACAAAUUGCAAUCACAAGGAUAGGACGGAGUCAAAUAAAUAAGGAAUUGAAAAGGGAACAAGAGGGGGAAACUCUAAUAGAAGAAAUUAAUGAAUGGAAAAGGUGAGGAAGGUGGAAAGACUGACAGUUUUUUGAAGAGGAGGGAAUAACUUACAAGUUGAGCGUGAAAGGAAAAUGGGAGAAGAAAUUAUAGGACAUGGGUAAAAAAUACUUUGAGAGGCGUGGGGUGGGUGGGAAGGGGAAAAUAUAAAAGAAAAGCUGCUCCAUUUACUGCCUCUGGCUCAGAAAAAUCUGCUCAAAACUGAGGUUGGGCUGUCACAGCAGCUCCAAAGCAAAUGUUUUUGAAGAAAAAGCAGUGGCAAAGAAUUUACCAAUUUCCAAAGAUGGAUUGGGUAUCUGUAGAAAAUUCUAUCAGUAGUCGCCAGGGCACGGCUUGAUUAGCCCUGCCCUCCAUGUGCCAGCAUCUUGUGACUGCUGUUUUCAGCUCUCUUAAGUGGGCCCUGGAGCUAGAAAGUUUGCAGACCCCUCUGCUUCAAGGUUUAAGCUGUCCUGUAAUAAGGUAUUGUUGAAAUUAAUAAUUGGGGCUAUCUAUUGUUGUAGCAGAAACUUAGACUUUGGUUUCUUAAAGCAAAUGCUGCUGAUUAAAGAGUUGUUUGAGCACAUUUGAAAAUUAAUUUGUAGUUCUCUCUUUCUCUCACUCUGUGUGUCUAGUUGUUUGUUUACUAUGCAUUUGAACACCCCUUAAGAUACCAUAACCAAAUGUUGCAUGUUGGCUCCUAAGAUCAAGCUGCAGGUUUUCACCCAUGUUUGGAUUCAGCUGGACACCAUUUUGAAUCAAGAUGGUGGACUGAACAUUUUCAGUCUGCACUGAUUUGAACCAGUGAUGUCCAAAGGGACCAGGCAGACGGCCUUCUCGGUAGUCGCGCCCUCCCUGUGGCACACACUCCCUUCAUGCGUCGUCCUGGUAAUUUGCAAUGGGUUUUGUACAAGAGAAUGUCCUGACGGGUUGGGCCCUUCAAGACCCCUUGUCUGAGCCUUGUGUGUUCGUAUGCUUGGAGCCUUGGAUUUGCAAAUGUUUUUCUUCAGAUGCCUCAUUUUGGCUUUGGAGCUUCUAAAUAGGACCCCUUACAGUGAGCAGAAGCAACAUUUUAUGUCUUUUAAAAAAAAACCUAAAUCUGAGUGGAAACAAGGUAUUUGGAGAGAAGACGUGUGGUGGCAACAGAGUCUCUUGGGCGUCAGUGGAAGCCCGUUUUUAAUUCCAGUUUCUUGUGUAGGGAUGCUGGUUUGGUUGCCCAUCUAUCCCCCCGCCCCCAGCAAAACAUUUGCUUUUGUCCUGUGUUUUGGACAGAAGAAUAAUUGUGAUGUUUUAGAUGUGCUUGGAUCAAGGGACAUCCUGCAAGAGUUGACCGAGGCAACUGGAACCAGUCGCUCCCCAAAUCUCUUAUGCUCUUUAACGAAACCUGAUAAUAUAAUAAUUGCAUUGUUAUUGAAGGCCCUUCCACAACCAUUUCCAGGGAUGCUCAGCCUGUCCCCAUUUCACCUGUACCGCUUCUUUGUGCCUCAUCCAUUCUAUAGAGAAACUCUUUAGGUGGAAUUGGGGAAGGGGGAAGGGAAGUAAAGAGCACUCAUCAGUUUCCAAAAUGGUUUCUCUGUCUGCUUUGUACACCAGCCCUUCCUCUCGCUAAGCGCUAAUGCCAGCACCCUGGCGUAAGGCCAAGGGAGUUAGACAAAGGAGCCCUGGCAAUUGAAUAUCUCGGAUUCUCAGUGAUAUGACUGCAAAUGCUCCCUGUCUCUGAUUAGGCAGCUUGGCUUGAGCGGUCAGGGCUGGAGGGAGCCUCUCUCAGCCAUCCAAAUGAAAUACUAACCCCCCUUAACACACACACACACCCCAGAUUCAGACCUGUAAACUCUAACUUUGCUUGCAGAUGUGAAGGCAGAUUUCGCUUUUUAAAUGUAGCAGGAAUUAAGAAUGAUUGCUGUGGCUUCCCUUACUCUCUUAGCCUGAAAAAGGCUGAAGAAAGAAUGCUUUCCUGGUCAAAUUUCUGCCUGUUGUGCUAAUAUUAAAGACACAGGAAUUCUGGUUUUCAGAGGGGGGGGGGACUUAACCCCAACCCCUUCUUCAAGCCAAAUGUGUGGGAAAUACAAAGCCAAUAAUCAUCAGCUGUGACCCACCCACUGCUGUGGGGCUGGAAAGUUUUGAAGGCCACUGUAGGCUCAGUAAUGUCUUUUCUCUCCUCUCCCCCAGUGUCUUGCUGCAUCUGACAGUAAGUGUCCUUAUGCAUUCCAGGUGGCUAUGAUGUGGGGUGGGGGAGGCUUUUAAAGGGCUUUUUUGCUGCUGUUAAUUACCCACUUAACUUUGAUUUCCCCAUCAAUUAGGAAGGAGAGAGAAGGCAGCUCCCAAGCUCUGCAGAAGGGAAAAUUUACUAUACUGAUGUGUAUAACCUCUCUUAGGAGUGUCUCCAUUGGACCUUGAUGUAUGCUCGCCCCCCCCCCCAUUGGUUGCCCAUCACUCUGGCAAAGUUCCUCAUUAACACUGUUUGGAGGUGCCAACAUUUUAAAAAAUCCUGCUCCUGUGGCUUUAUAAACAGCCCAACAUAUGGAAAUUAAGCGGGGCUUUUCUUGGCAGGGAGCAAAACAACGGAAAGGCGGAAUUUGUCUGUAUCGGGCUGCUGUUGAAGGCACAGGAGCUUCAACACUUAACAGCAAAAAGAAAUAAAAGCUGGCAACUUCAAUACCAGUUCUUUUCCUUCUCUUCAUGGUUCCCCUGCAAGAAUAGCCACUUUUCGUUCUGGCAGGACUCCUGAGCCUUAGAGGGAGAAAUGCAGCGGGCAGACCCUUUUCCAUUGCUACACUGCAGUUGUUUGAUAGUAAGCAACACCUGUGGAAUAUAUCUUUCAUAUUAUUUUCUUAAGUCACAUUGAGUCAUGCACAUUUGUAUAAAUAAAGCAUCUAGCAAAUUUCUUGCCUUGGUCAUGGCCUGGAUGAGAGUCUCAAACUGAAGCUCACUCCAGAUAAGACUGAGACGCUGCUAGUUGGUGGUUCCCUAGACCAGAUGGCGGAGAGGUUGUCUGCUCUUGAUGGGGUAACACUGGUUCUGAAGGAGUUGGGUACACAGCGUGGAGGUCCUCCUGGGUCCUUUGCUGUCACUUGAGGCUCAGGCAGCCUUGAUGGCACGGAGUGUCUUCUGUCAGCUUUGACUGAUGGCCCAGCUGUACCCUUAUCCAGACAGGGACAGCCUAACUUCUGUUGUCUAUGCUGUGGUAACUUCUAGAUUAGAUAACUGCAAUGCCUUUUAAGUAGGGCUGCCUCUGAAGAUGGUUCAGAAACUUUAGCUGGUGCAGAAUUCAGUGGCCAGGUUGCUCACCAGGCAGGACGGUUUCAGCAUCUAAUGCCAAUCCUGUCCCAAAUGCACUGGCUGCCAUUUAGUUUCCUGGUCCAAUUCAAAGUGCUGGUUUUGAUCUAUACAUCCCUAAGAAGCUCAGGACCAUAACCCCUCAAGGCCUGCCUCUCCCCAUAUGCACCGACCUGGACCCUGCAACCAUCCUCUGAGGCCCUUUUUUGUGUGCCUUCCCUUCAAGAGGUCUGGAGGGUGGCAACACGAGAACAGGCCUUUCCUGCGGUGGCUCCUCAUUUGUGGAAAUCUCCCUGAGGAGGCUCAUCUGGCACCUUCAUUACAUAUAUUUAGCUGCCAGGUGAAAACAUUACUCUAUGACCAGGCUGAUUAACAUUCUAUGGUUCCUAAAAAUGUGUUUGUGGGAGAGAGGAGUUAUGGUUUGUUUCUGUUUUAUGAUGUAUUUUGUGUUGAUAAACCUGUAAUCUUCAGAUGAAGGGUGAUAUACAAAAGAUACUAUUACUAUUAAUGAUACUACUACCAAUGUAUUACAUGCCCUGGGAACUUAUGCAGAAGGACAGGUAAUUAACAAUAAUAAUUUGCCAGUCAUGUGGCUGUUAAUAGCAAAGGAACCCUAUCAAAAAAGAGAGUGGAAAUCCUAGCUGGAAGCCACUAACUAUGCUGCCUGCCCAAAUUAUUUAUUUAUUAGUUUUAUAUACUUUACCUUUGCCUAAGGUAUAUUACCGUGGACACGGAUUCCCCACUGGAAUGGACUGACUGGUGCAUCUGGCGAGGGGGGUGGGCUGCUGUCCUCCCUCUCCACCUUGGUACCCUUGCUCAAGAGGGGUUUGUCUUGUUCCUCCCAGCAGUAGAUUUGGACAUGCUUCAUUCUGGAUUGCUUGGGACAGAGGGCCGGCUGGCUUCUGGGUCUUGUACCAAGCAGCUGGGGGCAAGUGGGGGUGGGGCCCCUGCACGUUUAAUAGGCAGCUACACCAGCUAAAAUUCCCAACUACAAUUUAGGUAGUUGUAAGUUGCCAACUUUUAAACGCUUGCUGAAAACUUAUCUAUUCCUCCAGUCUUAAGCAGGCAGAUGAGAGGUACACCCCCACAAUGGUCUACUGGUGUUUGUUUUUCAUUUCUCUUUGCUUUUAACUUUUUUUGAUUUUAUUGUCUGGCUUUAUGUUUUUAUAUUGUUGCAGACUGCUACGAUAUAUUUUUAUGAUACAGUGGUAUAUGAUUUUUUUGUAUUUUAUGGUUAUGGAUAUUGUUUAUGUAUUUUGUUACGCAAAUCACUUGCUAUGGAUCUUUCAGAUAGUAAAGCGGUCUAUAAAUGGAAACAGCAGCAAUAAUAAGAGAGUAAUGCCCCAGUGUAUGGGGUGUUAGGCUUCCCUCUGGUAGUACCUCUGGUGGGGGACGCGUCAUUCUCCUUCUGGGUUAGUUUGUCCACCAGUGGUCCCCACUCUGCACUCAGCUCUCACCUGUAGCUCCUGGAAGCUGUCAAUAUGCAACAGCUGCCACAGCCCGGGAAUGGCUUUGACUGGUUGGCUAAACCAGGCAAGGGUAGCUGAUGGGCCACAAACCCUCAGUGAGUUAGGGACUUCCCUGCAUGCAAAGACAGACUCUGGUGGAUUGAGUGGACAAGAACAAUAGUGGGUCCAACCAUGGGCGUAGCAAAAGGGGAAGCAACUGCCUCCCCCUAAAGCAAAUUAAAAAAUAAUAAUACUUAACUAAGUGACCAAUUGUGUCGCAGAUAGCUUGGUUCUGUCCCCCCUAACAUUGAUCCUGCCCACCCUAAUAUGAAUCCUGGCUACACCCAGGUCCAGUGGUCAAUAAGGUGGUUUCUGCACAUGCUGUAGAGAAAAAUGAGGGUUCGUCCACCUGGAAGGUGCCUUGUACGCCUCCUUCCAGCAUCUCCUCCAGCCAACCUGGUGCCAAAUGUCUUGCUUUCCUUUCCUUUCCUUUGGACCACAUCAGUGAGACCCAAGUGUGAGUGUCUUGUUGUCUGGGCAGCCUAGGACCUCCACAUUCUGCCCAGGCUUGUUCCCCAAGGAGGUUGCUUUGGUGCCGCUAAUACAGCCGUUUGCUUUGAUUUCUGGAGGCGCAGUGCAUUGUCUCAAGACAGACGGGUGUCAAGAACAACAGUGCCCCUGAGCUAUGGCCAUUCUAUGAAAGGAACAUAGGAAACUGCCUUAAGUCAGACCAUUGGUUCCUUUCGUUCAGUGUGGUCUCUGCUGUGUGGCAGCAGCUUGCCAGAACUUCAGGCUGGGUUCUCUCCCAGCCUUUGCUGGAGAUGCCAGGAAGGGAUGGACCCUGGGGCCUUCUUCACACAAAGGAUCAGGAGUAGAAUCAUAGAAUCAUAGAGUUGGAAGAGACCACAAGGGCCAUUGAGUCCAACCCCCUGCCAAGCAGGAAACACCAUCAGAGCACUCCUGACAUAUGGUUGUCAAGCCUCUGCUUAAAGACCUCCAAAGAAGGAGACUCCACCACACUCCUUGGCAGCAAAUUCCACUGUCGAACAGCUCUUACUGUCAGGAAGUUCUUCCUAAUGUUUAGGUGGAAUCUUCUUUCUUGUAGUUUGGAUCCAUUGCUCCGUGUCCGCUUCUCUGGAGCAGCAGAAAACAACCUUUCUCCCUCCUCUAUGUGACAUCCUUUUAUAUAUUUGAACAGUAGGUGAUGCUCGUUGGGACUGGUGGGGCAGAAGGUGGCGAGCUUAAAUGGUAGGCAGCACCUGAGCCAAUGGCAGGCACAGGCAAUUCAUGUUACCUUUGUCCACAGGCGCCUCCUUUUCCCUGCUGAGUUCUGCAAGGGCAGCGCUGAGGCUGAUGAGACAGCAGCCGACAGGGAAUGCCAGUGCCACCCCCCCAAAAAAAAGACUAGCUGUAAGGAGGAAGGCAAGCAGGUGGGGGCUGGGUGAGGGCAGACUGCCACUGAGCGAGGGGCCCUUCGCUAGAGCAAAGCCAAGCCCAUGCUAUGCCUUUGACUGCAGUUGGCAAUUCACUGCCAGAAACCAUCCCAAAUCUGCCCCGGGACCUCCUACCAUACUUUGCUGCUUUCCAAAGCUGGCCACGUCUCAGAGCAGGGUUGCCCUUUAAAAGUUUGGCCUGGAUUUGAUAUCCUUUUUGGGGUGCAGGAACCCUUUCAAGAUCCGGGGCUUUCAAAGCAAGCAUGGCUAUGUUUUUCUUUCCUUCCUUCCUUCCUUCCUUCCUUCCUUCCUUCCUUCCUUCCUUCCACCCUCCCACCCGCACCCUCCAUCUGAGCUGAGCUGGCACAGCGACUAAUGCGGCCAUCUGCACUGUGCAAGGAGGGCUGGCACCACAGCCAAGUCCAAAACCCUCCUUUUGUUCUCGGGGCCUGCUGCUGCGGUGCUGAUAAGGCGCGCUCUGUGUUGGCCACUAUGUCUUACUACGUCUUCGAGGCAGACGGCAAAGGAUCAGGUAAAGGCACCCAAGGUCACCCAGUGGCUUGGCAUUGGGGGGGGAGCUUUGGGGGGACAGGGACGCUGGCUUAAACUCAUCAUCAGCCUCUAGGGCAAGCUUAGAUGCGCUUCGGGGGAAGACGGCCCCAGGGGAAGGUGCAGGGGAGGAGAUGACAUGCCAGUCCGGUUGGAGAUCCUCACUGCCUCCCUUCUUACCGUGUUGCCUCCCCCACCCCGCAUGUUUCCUGAACAUUGCAUGUUGCGCUCUGUUUUACAAAGGGAAGAGGCCCUAGCUCCUUAUUGGUGAAGAGUACAGUGGUACCUCGGGUUACAGACGCUUCAGGUUACAGACUCUGCUAACCCAGAAAUAGUACCUCGGGUUAAGAACUUUGCUUCAGGAUGAGAACAGAAAUUGUGCGGCAGCGGGAGGCCCCACAAGCUUAAGUGGUACCUCAGGUUAAGAACGGACCUCCGGAACGAAUUAAGUUCUUAACCCGAGGUACCACUGUAUCUGCUGUGUAUGCAGAAGGUCUGGGGUUCAAUCCCCAGCAUCUCUCGGUGGGGAGAUCUGCUGACCAUCAACAUGGCUAAGACUGAGUUAGACAGACCAGUGGUCUGUUUUGGUCUUCAUGUGUGUAGCUGAACACCAGGCUGCCUGUGUGGGCACACCUCUCCAACAAAUGGCUGGUGUUCUCCAUUUUGGCAGCACUCAUUGACAGUCUAGAGGAAGGGCUAGCCUGGCCAGGUGAGGAGUUUUGCAGCAAUAGAUCCGGGGAUAGCGAAGCAGCACCCAGUCUGGGACACAGAUGCCAAGGCUACAAAUAACAUUUUAUUUAUUCCCAUCCACUUCCCUUUCCCCUUCUGCUCCUACAAGUGACCAGCAUUUCUGACAAAGGCCUGUUAACCUUGCCACAUCAGUUAAAUAAACGGUUAUUUUUAUACCACAUACAGACUUUAGGUGAGCUGUUCACUUGUUGGACGGUCUCUCCAUCUGCAAUAUAGGGAGAAUAAUGGUGACCUACUUUACAGGGUUCCUGUUAGGAUGUCCAAGAUAAUCUAUGUGAAGAACUCUGAGCGCUUGGGAAAAGCUUUCAUAGACAGCAAAUGUCAGUGUGUUAUGAUUGCCGUGGUGUCUUGUGCUUCUACUGAUCAGGACAAUGUGGUGUUUAUUUUUACCACUGCAUUAGCAUAGCUGGCAACUGUUAGCGGAAUGAGGAAGAUAGGUACUGACCUUUCAAAACCAGAAUGUUUAACCUGCUAGCUUUGUAUCUUACUCAACAUUUGGUAAUCAUUCUCACUUUGUAUGUUUUCUUUUUCCAAAGCUGGGAACGUCCACUCUCCUUCCACAAGCAUGGCAGGCUCAGGGCAAUACAGACAGCUUAUAAAUGACUACGGACCCCCAUCUCUAGGUUACACACAAGGAGUGCAGGUAAAAACUUCCGAUAUUCUGGGCUGCCGGCAGUGUGUCUCUUAUGCCAUUUAUUCAUUCAUUAAUGAAUGAGUUCCCUUGAAACAUCCCCAAGGGUUUGACAAUAAAAAACAUAUAUAAGGACAAUUUCAAAUCCGACAGAAACAGACUGGGAUAAGAACCUCAUUUGAAAAGACUUGUUGAAAAAAAGGGAAGUUGUCUAUAUUAUUAAUUUAUAUACGUACACCACAUACAGUUCCAAAUUAGUAGUUUGCAAAAUAUAAAAACAGAGUGACAGAAAAGUUAGAAUAUAAAUGUCCCCAAUUAAAACAGUGCAGCAGUUAAAAUCUGGAGAUGGGCUGAGAAAUCAAGGAAAUGCCUGUGUAAGUCAACAAACUGGUCGUGAUGUCAUUUAAUGGAUUAAAUUUAAGUGGAUGGAUUAAAAUAAAUAUUACAGUUUCCAAACAGAAGUGAUAUUGACCAAAUUCAGCACUGGGUGAUUUUGUGAUUCAGGUACAUGGCGUUUUUGCCGUGGAUGUGGCAUUUAAGGGUUCAUGUUUAUUUGUUAACAAGCUUCUGUUUUUCACAAGCGUCGACUCUGCUUUUAACCUGCUCGCCUCAAUGAUGGCAUUAAUAAAUAUUGCAGCUUUCACGUUCAAGUUGCUUUAAAGGUGCCGUGCUCACUACUUGGGGCUUCCCUCGGGCUUGAUCCGGAAGCUGCGGCUAGUGCAGAAUGCUUCAGCACGGCUGCUGUCACGAACGAGACCCUGCCUGCAUAGAACCCCUCUGCUCAGGGAUCUGCAUUAGUUGCCCAUUUCCCAUCUGCUCCCCAGACAAGCUCAGUGUGUGGUUAUUAGCAUAUUAAGCCCUCAACAUCCUGGGAACCAGUUUACUCGCAGGGUCACCUUACCCCUUACAUGCCCACUCAGCUGCUUUGAUAUGUGGAACUGGAACACCUGUAAGAAAUAGUUAUCUUUGGGGGGGGGGGUUACACAUUGUAAGCCCCAGCCUGUCAAUACCAGACAGACAUCUGAUUGAAACCUUUUUGGUUAGGCAAGCCUAUGCAGAUGGCUGUGGGCAGGAUUCCUGCAUUGUGGGGGGUUGGACUAGAUGACAUUUGGGGUCCCUUCCCACUCUAAUAUUCUAUGUGAAAUGUUGAUGUCUUUCUUCUUUUUAGCUGCUCUUGAUUUUAAUGAUCUUUUAAAUAUUUUAAAGGACCCGUUUUUAACUGUUUUUAUUGCUAAUGUUAAUACUUGAUAAUUUUGUAAGCUGCUUAAUAGGAUUUCUUACAAUCAAGCAAUAUAUGUUUUUUAAAGUACAGUAAAUAAAUAAAAUAAUGAGGGGAAAACCCUCCCGUCCCGAUAUAGCCUGCACUAAACAGCCACUUUUAGACUGCAAUUCUAUGCAUGCUUUCCCAAGAGUAAUCCCCACUAAUCAGAGCAUGUGUAGGAUUGCACUGUCACCCUGCAAUUAAUGAAUUGAUUAAUUUGAGCUUUAUUGUGGUUUGUUGGUUCUUGUGACUGGCUCUGCUCUAAUUCAGAUCCCAUUUCUUUCUGAUGCCAGGGAACGAGUAGCAGUCAAGUACCACAGAGCAAGUAUGCAGAACUUUUGGCCAUCAUAGAAGAAUUAGGAAAAGAAAUCAGGCCUACAUAUGCUGGAAGUAAAAGUGCCAUGGAAAGGCUAAAACGAGGUAAUGAAGCUAAUAUUGAGAAAAAUAUUUUAGGCCAUAUUAUUUACACUAAAUCACUUGACUUAAGGACCUAGUCCACAAGAUUAUGAGGAAAAGGUCAAAAAACACAAUAUCUGAUAAAGGUUUAUUAAUAAGAGUGGUCCAGAUUGGGCUUCUAGUGGCCCAGGAGCUCCCACUUUAAGCCAGCGUAGAAACGAAAACACCACCUAGUCCCACCCAAAGAGAAGGCCACCCACUUCUAACCUGUGCAAUUCAUACCAAGAGCAUAUGAAGUAAUAUAUGACUUUUAACGUAUGGGUUAAACCACAGAGCCUAGGACUUGCCAAUCAGAAGGUCGGCGGUUCGAAUCCCCACAACGGGGUGAGCUCCCGUUGCUCAGUCCCUGCUCUUGCCCACCUAGCAGUUCGAAAGCAUGAAGUGCUAGUAGAUAAAUAGUUACUGCUCUGGCGGGAAGGUAAACAGCUUUUCCGUGUGCUGCUCUGGUUCGCCAGAAGCGGCUUAGUCAUGCUGACCACAUGACCUGGAAGCUGUUUGCCAGCUCCCUCAGCCAAUAAAACAAGAUGAGUGCCGCAACCCCAGAGCCAGCCAUGACUUGACCUAAUGGUCAGGGGUCCCUUUACCAUGACUGAAGACUGUUUGUUCUGAUACCUGGCAACUCCUCCCAGCUCCAGUCAGCAUAGCCAAUGAUCAGAGCUAAUGAGAGUUGCAGUUCAGCAACAUUUGGAUGGCACCAUCUUGGAUACACCUGGAUUAAUGGGUUGCCAUGCACCCGUUUCCCUGGCCACCUAGAAACAUGCUUUGCCCCUCUCCAAAAGUAUUUAAAGAUAAAACUUUCUUCCUUACAAAAAAUGCUGCAAUGGUCACUGAACUGCUUCAGAAAAAGGGGGAAAUACAUAACUCAAAGGCAUGCUCCACCAAGGAAGUUCUCCUGCAAAUGUCCCAGUGAAAUGAAAAAGCAGCUAUACCUUCAUAUGAAACUGGCAAAAAGUCAGUGCCUCCCAAACUGUAUACAGUUCUUAAACCAAGGCGCACUUUCCCUAAUGUGGCCUGCUGCUGCCGGUGCCCUUCCACCGUUUGGAUUCCGUUCUUAGACCGAGGUAAAGUUCGCAAAGUGGGGCACUUCUUCCAGUUUCGCGGAGUUUGUAAACCAGACUGUUCUUAAACUGAGGUACCACUGUAUUGCUUUUGUAAAAGUAAACACAAGCAGACGUUAUGUUACUUUUUUUGCAGGCAUCAUUCACGCCAGAGGACUAGUUCGAGAGUGUUUGGCAGAGACUGAGCGCAAUGCAAGAUCCUAGCAUCUCUUCCCAUGGCUGCAAGAUUUUUCCACCUCUUAUGAAAAAGGGACACCAGUUCCUUUGGAGACUACAGAAGGCAUUCAGAGAGAUCCCUUAAUUUGACUCUACCCCUCCCCCCCCCCACUGCCAUUUCCAAGAAUGUGGGCCGCAAUCCAAAGUAGCACUUGGGAGGCAACCCAGGGCUUGUGUGCCCAGUGGAAAGUUUGAAUCCCCCCAACAAAUACAUCCACCCUGUGCCAUACUGCAAACAGCUUCUGAAAUGCCUCUUGGUUUCAAAAGCAGCUCACUGUCCAGCAUGGGGGGCAUUGGUUUGAGAAAGUCCAAAGGUCCUCUUGGAUGGAUAAAACUUGUGCUGUCUUUUUUCCUUCUGGAUCCUGGCCAUAGUCAAGAAGAUUAUCCUUCCUCUCAUUUAAAGUGGAGUUUGCAGUAUUUCAUUUGAAGCAUUCCCUGAAUUAGCUGAAAUUUUUUUAUUUAAAAACAACUGCAUUCCUCUCUUAAUUCUCUGUUCUGCCUCAGGUUGCUCCUUCAACUAACAGUGUUCCCCAUAUCCAGUGGUUUUCAAACUGCAUUCUAGGAAAGGUCUAUGACUCCUUAACUUUCUAGGGACUUCUCAGUAACAAUAUCAGUAAUGUUGGACACGCUCCCCUGAAAAGGGAGCUCCUCUGCUGCUGCCAGUAUUCCUGUGUAAUGUAAAAGGAGCGCUGGUUAUGUUCUAGGUUGCAAGGUACGGUUAUGUGGGGCAUUGGCAAAGCUAAGCAGCUCCAGACAUCACACCCCAUGGAUUGAGUGUACACACCCCAGAGUCCUCUGCAGUGCAGCAGACUUCCUAUGGCAAACACUCAGCCUUUGCAGAACAGCAGAGGAGUAAAGGGCUCAUUGAAAGCAAAAUUUGAAAACAGCUGCCUUAAUCCUCAAGCAUUCAUUUGGCUUCACCACUAAACCAUUUCUUACCAGACUCCUUUGAGUACAGAUAUUGUUUUUUGUUUCACCAGCUGACAGCCUAAUUUCUAAUUUGGUGCACGCACCAUAAAUUUUGUUCAAAAAUUAUCCCCCCGCCCCACCAUUUUGCAUGAUUGUUAGUGUUUCCAUUAAAAGUGCAUGAGUUCUACAACAAGACUAUUCUAACCUGUCACAGGCCCCAAAAGCAACUCUAUUCCCCCAGAUUUAAAUUGUAACUUUGCCAAAAAAAAAAAAAAAAAUCCAAAUAAGUGACUAAAACUGUUAUUUGCAUCUUUGUAUGUAUUUAUUACUUGACGUAAUAAAGCUUAUUUUCAUU